GUAAGCGAUGGAGAAUGGGACGGCUGGAGAGCAUCCAAGUAACUUGAGCCACUCCCUUUGGUUUCCUCUCCCAUCCAGCCUUAUUGCAGCUUUGCUUUGUUUGUUUGCUCUAUUUUCUUUUCUUUUUUUUUUUUCCCGUUCCAUCCAAACUCCAAGGUGCGCCGUCCUCCCUUCCCUUCUGAGCUCUUUAACACUACCUAAAUUGCGGCACCACUGACUGCAACUCAUCAUCUGAUCUAAUAUAACUAUUUCACUUCUCCAUUUUCAGCGGCCACUCGAUCCUUGCUUCACGAACUCGCAAGUUUCCUAGUACGUCCAUCUCCCUCCUGCCUGGCAAAGUGAACAAGAGAUGUCAGACUGGGGUCCAAUAUUUGUGGCAGUGGUACUGUUCGUUCUGUUAUCACCGGGGCUGCUAUUUCAAAUUCCCGGCCACCACAGGUGCGUGGAAUUCGGCAAUCUUCAGACCAGUGGCGCUGCCAUAAUGGUGCAUUCCCUGCUCUACUUUGCUCUUAUUUCUGUCUUCUUACUGGCCAUCAAGCUCCAUUUGUACCUGGGGUAGAGUCUCAGAGACGACUGUGAAGGCACGAAUUUAUUUUCUUUUCUUCCUAUUUUUUUGUUUAAUUUAACCAAAAAAAAAAUUUGCGCCUCCACGGUGCGCAAACGUAAAACACAAAUGUCAAUAGUAAUAAUGUUAUAGUAGUAGUACUUGUAUCUGCUGUUUUAAAUACUUGGGCUGGGACUUUUCGGUUUUCCCGGCCGGAAUCUACUGCAAUAUGUCUAAGUCGAGAGUUGCGCCUUAUCCAUUCAACUGCUUGAAUCUACUUCAAUUGAGUUGCACUGUUCAUUUUUUGUUGCUAUUUGCACGAA